UAUGUAAGAUAGAAAGAGACAGAGGUGCGGCGGCGCUGUAGCUUCCCGCCGUCCCCCGUCCGACAGUCGCGCUCUGUUCGGUUUGCUGUGCGUAGAUGAGCUGAAUUAUUUUUGUUUUUAUCAUUUUGAGUGAUACUACGAAACAUAUUUAACUAUAUGGACAGGUUUAUAUUUGUGUACUAGUGACUGAGUGUAGAAAGAAGUGUUCGCAUGGAUUGAGUGAUCAACGAUGUUACCUCCCACGGCCGGUCUAUCACAAGAACAACGCGACCGGCCCGAAAUGGCGUACCAGCAACGUCACGACGUCAGAGACCUUGCCAGAGACAUGAUCAGAACCGCUCGAGUUACAAACAGACAACAUUCAACAUCCCCUGGAGUACGUGAUCGAUUUCCAUCGACAUCAUCCACGGACGACAACGAGAGCGGCACGGACGGCGAGGCGGACCGAUCGCGGCGCAUCAGCCUCGUGCACGCCGGCCAGCCCAACCCGCCGCCCGGCAUCGUUUCCAUCCGCAAGCGUCGCGGCAACCUCGCCAAACACUCCGUCAAGAUACUCAAGAAAUGGCUCUACGAUCACAGAUACAACGCGUAUCCUAACGACACUGAGAAGAUUGCCUUGAGUCAGGAAGCGAAUUUAACUGUUUUACAGGUAUGCAACUGGUUCAUAAACGCCCGGCGGCGUAUCUUGCCGGAGAUGAUACGGCGCGAGGGUCACGAUCCUUUACAUUACACGAUCUCCCGCCGCGGCCGCAAGCAGCCCGGUACUACCAGCUCAAAUGCCAACACCUCCGGUGUCGUCGUUGCGUCGUGGGAUGGUGUGGAGGUUGAGGGUGAUGCUGACCGCAGUGCUGAACAGGACUACAGCGACGGGCUCCUGGUAUACCGGAGUGACGGCGACGAAAUCGGUGACGGCGAGGAGGGCUACUCGUCGAGCGCCGUGUCGGAGGAAGAGGUCAAAUACGACCCCUCCGUGUGGCAGUCUGUCAUACGGUACGGACCGGAGGAUCGGGAACUACAUCCCGCAGCCAGAGGCAGGACGGCGGGCGUGGUGACGGUGCGCACGUCGGAGUCGGAGGAGGGCGGCGCGGCGGCGGCGGGCGGCAGCGGCGAGGCGGCGCCGGGCGGCUGGCACCCGCAGCUGGCGCAUCUGCCGCAGCUGCCGCACCCGCUGCGCCGCCGUCUGCAGGUCGUGCCCAGCGGCGCCAGCAGCGACGGCGAGCGCGACAAGUUCAAGUGCCUCUACCUGCUGGUGGAGACCGCCGUGGCCGUGCGCCAGCGGGAGAAGGAGGCCGAGGAGGUGCCCGUCUAGUGGCCCACUGUCACGCAGUAUGUAAUGGACAAGGCAGCGCCGCCAAUCGGAAUUGUACGUUCAACACGCGGUAUUUAACGUUUACGAACUUCCACUAAUUUAGGAUUUAAUAUCGUAGAUGUGUUAUCGUAUAACUUGUCGUCGCUUCGUAACAGCGACCAGUAAGGGAAAUCUCACUUAUUGACCAUAAACAUGUAAUCACCGUCUUACUUUUUAUGUACCUAUUGAAUGAAAGUAACGAUACUUUUUGUAGCGCUUCUUUUUUAAUUCACGGCAAUAUAGACGGCCAGUCAUCACUAUUGAUAAAAAGUGUUUAGAUAAUUCUACACUUAGUAUUUUGUUCAGAGGUCUCAACUGUAUCAGACUGAUAUUUUCGUUUAUAAUUUAAUCGAUUUAUACUUAUUUUUCAAUUCAAUUUUAUGAAUCAAUGUGAUGUGCGGACCGAUACCUUUUUACUGUUUCAUUUACCGUAGAAAAAAGCUAUUCUGUGUCUUAAAUGUUCGGGUAUAUUAUGUGUAAUUUGAUGUCGAAAUACAUAGUUUACAGUUUAACGUUUCGUAGGGCGUGUAGGUACAGGUAUUUUAAAAACUUCGUUAUAUCAUAUAUAUAAACGUAUGUUAACGUAUACUAAACAGUUUUACAUAGCUACCCUAUAUAACUUUUUAUAAAUAAAAUAUUUCAUAAGAGUAUAUUCAGACAACUUUUGAAAACAGUUUCUGUUUUCACUCAUUUACGAGACAUUUUAUCUACGUGAGGGCUGAUCUAUGGUAUGGUAGUGUAAUGUAUUGUUGACCUACUGCUAUGAUAAAUUGUGACGUCACACCCCUGUUGUCCUGCUCGCUCUUCUUUGGAUUUCGCGCAAGUGAGCGCGCCGACAGGAAUGGCCUCAAUUUAACUUGUGUCAUUUACACCAGUGUAACAGUAGUAGUCGUCAAAGAAAUUAGAUUACAACUUAAAACAUCAAUACUAUAAGUUAAUUAAACAUGUUAGGCAAAAUGACUGAAAACGGAAAUAUAAUGACCACAAAGCCAUUGUCUCUACUUUACUUGACGACUAUUUCGUUACUCAUAGCAACGGUAAAACAUCUUUGUAGGUAUACAGUGGUGGUAUAUAAGCACUUGAAAGUUGGUCAGAACUAUAUUAAUUCCGUAAAUUAUUGCUAAGAAACAUCUAUAACAACGUUUAUCUAGCUAGGUGUUAGCCACAUGUUUCUACAAUUUUCACUAAACAGACUUGAAUAUAUUACGUAGUCUUGAUCAAUAUUGAUGGAAAUAUAUAUUAUAUAUUUGUAUGUUAAAAGUCAGUAUACAAAGACCCAUUAAUAUUUUCUUUUUCAAAUGUAUAUUACCGUGAGAACUUUAAGCUUUGAUAGUGCAUGUUUUAUGAUAUAUGUUUUUAUAAUAAACAAAAAUAAUUUUGAUAUCAGGAUACAGUCCAUAAAAACAAACAUAUUCUUCUCAGCCGAUCCCACCAGGGAUCUUAAAAAAAAAAAAUCCUUUAUACUUUGCCUACGGUUUCUCGAGAGUCUUUGUUUUACAAAUCUCUUAAUAACGUGAACUCCAAUAUCGAGGUACAACUUCACACGGUCGCGGCUUCUGUUGCUCAGAAAUGUAACAAUUGUGUAAAGAAUCCACAUUUUGAAGUUACUUAAAGCUAAUAUCGAUUUUUAUGUCUAACUUUUGUAUAGUAGAGACUAGAGACGUGAUGACUUAUGAGUAUUGUAAGAAAAUAUUUAUGAAACUGCACUAUUAAAGUAGGCAUUGUAACCGCAGCUAAUUUAAUCACGAAUACAUACAUAAUAUAUUAUUAUAUACAAAUUCGUAGCCAUCUGUAAUAUAUAACUAGAAUGACAGACUGGUAAUCCUUAUCUAUCUAAAGUAUUCACUAUGCUUGUAUCGUUCCUAUUGUAAAGUUAAUAUGAAUAGCGGGUUCUGUACGUAUAACCCAUUAAUAGCUGGUUUUACCCAUAAGUAUAAUAAUGAAAAUAAUAUGUAAUACAUAAGUGAAAUUAGGAUAUAUUUUUAAAUUGUUUAAUACACACCGCAAUACGCUCUAUUGUGGAGUAUAUCAACGUAAUUGUCUUAUAUAUUUGUGUCUAUAAUCAUAAAAAAAUCAAGUCUGCCUGUCUACGGGAAAAGUUUUCUUAAUGUUGUAUCAUAUGGUAUAGAAUGAAGUAACAGUAGGGUACGCACGUGUCUAUGUAGCCGGCUAUUAUUAUGCCUAAUGAACCACUUGAAGUUCUCGAUAUCAUUAGAGUUAAUAGGCGUGUUACAUUUUAUAUCGAUUUUUAUAGAAGCUACGAAAUAUUUUUUUACUUUAAUAUAAAACACAUUAUUAUAGACACAGGUGACGAAUUAGGUGUCUGAGGGAAUCUUCUGUGUUCAGUAAAAUGUAACGCGUCUCGUCACUUUUACUCUGUCAUAACACAUUUACUAUAACAGCUUACUCCAUACAGGAGUUCAUAGACUUUUUACAGUGUUCAGAAUACGCGAAUUUAUAUAAGUUACGUCACUAAUUGCCGUAUGAUAGCUAGGACUAUGUAAAACGUUUUAUAGAAGCUACUGUUGAACGACUGUAUGGGCUACGUUUUAGUUAGACUUGUAUAUCAGAUUAACUCCUGUCCUUGUAUAUAGUUGAUAUACAUACAUAGUGUAUGUUAGUUAUAUAGUUUUGUAGCUUCUAGUUAUAUGUUAGUACCAAUGAGGCAUCAAGGUCUAUCGUUAGUUUACAUAAUUACAUGUCAACAUAAUUACCAUGAUAAAUUAUUGAGGGAGGUACCACGACUUGAGUAAAUAUACAAUUUUGAAAGAUUUAUUUCGAGUAUAACUUGCGUUUAUCAAAAUCUAGCUUUAUCAAUUCAUUAUGAUCAUCAAUGUUCUUAAUUCUCGCAUCAAUUAUGUUUGAUACCCGAUACACGCUUUCAGAAAUUUUGGAAUACUUCGUUUAGGUGCCGCUUACUUCGAAACAGCCUGACUGGUGAUAAUUUAGGUCAUUUUACCAUACAAAACCUAAUCAGAAUUACUUCGAUUUUACUUGUAGAAUCAUCUUGGUAGAGUUAUAAGCCUGCCAUGCACUUCUAUCUUAUGUUAAGAAGUAUACGUUUUGCGGUUAAAUAGUGAAAUACUGUUUUUACUUAGGACUCCAGUGCAUUAAGAACUUUCUUAAUUUUCCAACUAUGGGUGUGUAGGAGGAACGCAAAUCACCAAUUAAUAAAUUUAAAAUAAUGAUCAGUUGCCACUGUUUUUUUAUUCCAAUGUAUUGGAGUCCCAAGAAUCGGUUGUUCGAGGCGUCGGUGUGUGAAAAAAAUGUUCUAUUUCUUAAGACCUUUUGUGUAAUUUCGUUUACUAGACAUAUUGAAGUCAAGCGACAAAA